AUGAAGAUUUAUACUUUAAAAAAGGAGAUUGAUAAAUUACUAAAAACCAAAGGCGUUGAAGAUUUUGAUUUGACUUAUCCAACUGUAGAAGUAGAUUUCAAUAAUUUAAAAAAGGCUUUAACUCAGUUGGAUAACUUUGUUAAAAAAAAUGCUUCUCCUCGCAUAAUAGACAUUACUAAUAAAGGAAAAUAUUCAAAAGUAAGAAAUUAUACAGACAGUUCUGAGUUUUUAAAGGUUUUGCAAAAGUGGUAUGCUGCUAAUGUUAGCAAAACAUUGCGAGAUAAUAAUGUUUCUUUAAUUGAAUUUGCUAAUAAUCCUAACUAUAGUAAACUUUCUAGUGAUAUUUUUGCUAAUCAAGAAGAACUUAAAAAAGUUCAUCAACAAACAAAAAAGGAUUUUUAUUCAUUUUUAAAAAAUAAAGGUAUUGAGGAUAUCACUAAUCUAGAAAGUAAAAAUAAUAGAACACCGAAAGAGGAGAAGGAAUUAGAUCGAUUAAAAGAUAGAAUUAAAGAUUUAGAUAAAAAACAAAAAAACAAUCCCUCUCUUUCUAAUUCUUCUACUUAUAUUCCUUGA